UUUCUGCGUGCGUUUCCAUCAGUCGGGUCUUCAACUCCGGACCGCGAACAACGGCACCGUUCGCGCCGUCGUCCGCGUCGCGACGCACCCUCCUGACGCGCGGAACCACCCCUUCGGUAUAUCGGUCGUGAUUGCGCCGACCUGCCCCACUAUACACCGAAGAGGAGAGCCAAGUAGGGUCACGUACGAGAUUUUCGAGGACACAUCGGGGCCCUUACCCCGGACCUUUCACUAUCAUCUCAUUUCAUCUGCACGAUCCCACCCCCGUCACAGCGGAAGUUGGAAAAUAUCCGGGCCGAGAGACUAGCACGGUGAUCCAUUAUCGAGCGACGUCGGGGAGCGACGACCGCGGGACCGCGCAAGAGAGUCGUUCUUCGCGUUUCGAGUAACGUAAUUAAUCGCGGGACUUAAUCGAGUGCCGAAUUAAUCGCGACGGAUUUAUCGUUAGCCGCGCGUUGUGACAGUGCAUUCGCGUGCGAUUAUGAAACGUCGUCGGCGGUGCACGGUGAUUCAAUAGAUAGAACAGUCUGCGUGGAAGGAAGACCGAGGUUCACGAGCGAGGAGAACCCGAGGGAAACCGAGAACGAGGAUACCGGAGGAAGAGAAAUGGAUCGUGCAUUAGAAAACACCCCCAGUAACGCUGAUCCCCGACCGCGGGAAUAAAGAAGAAACCGGAGAAACGUUUUCGCGCUCGGCUAGCGGGACGUCUUUCUCUUUCCGCUCUAAUUAAUCUCCGGGAACGUAACGAGCAGACCGCCCGUGGGAUCCUCGCGUAGCACGACACCCUCGAGGAGGUGCCGCUCCCUGUGAAAUUCCCAGCUGCAAGUAGCGCGAGCUGUAAGUAGUGCGAUCUCCGACCUGUCAGACGAGACGAUGAAAGGCGCGAACGUUCGACGUUCGAGAUGCCGCUUUAAUUAACAGAGAGCUCCGGCUAACCGGAGGGUUCAAUUUCCUUAAAUACACCCGUUACGGAUAGCUCGAUCAAAGCACAUUCGAGACGGGCUCAAGGUCGACGCCAGCGUAAAUUAAAGACCAUCGACAUCGAUAACCUCGCUUAAGUGGUUUCAACCAGCACUUUACACCGGUGAGGAUCGAGCGGGGUGAGCGACGCGUCUCCGAUUAUCGACCAACUCUAGAUCACGGAGUUACUCCCUCGAGUGCCGGCGAAGAAGUCGACACCGGGCGGGGGGAGGGUGGUCUCCUCAAUCCUUAAGGGUGGAUAGAGAGGCGACACAGGAACGGGGAAAACCUCUGAAAGCUCGUGAUCAAACUAUCGAAGCGAAUCCCCGAGGCGACUCGGUCGUCUCGGAAGUCAUCUGCACUUUGCGAAGAAUUCGCUGUAGAUGAGACCGAAGCGAGAAAGAGAUAAAGAGAAGCGUAAGAAAUAACAUCCCGUAAGUGAUUAAGAAUAGUCUGAUUGGAAGAAGAGGGAGUACUACUCGUCUCGAAUAGUUGGCUCCUCGAUCAGCGCGCGAUUGUGGAAGGUAAAUGCCGGCAAGGCAUUCUCAAUCUGCGAGCGAAUUCGAGCGACGGAUAAACGGAGCAAUACGUUUCGGGGGAUUAAUUCGGAAAGUGGCCAAAAGAAUGUUCUGCCAUUCCUGAGAACCGAGCAAAUCGAUCGAAGCGCGUUGCGAGUUUCGUUUGAGGGUUUGUGGGGCUGUGACCGCGUUAAGAAAGACGGUUGGCUUCGCCGCGCGGGGACGUUGAGUGGUAAGGGACAUUAAGGACGUGGUGGCGGACAAGUCGAGAGUAUUCCAACUAGAAAGACAAAGCCGGAAGAGAGACGCAACGAGAGGAAUAAGAAGCGCGGCGAUAGCAGCUGCGUCGGACGGAGUCUAUGGCGAUGAGACCGAAAGGUUAAUCUGGAAGGAUAGAACGGAGGGAAGAGGCUGAAGUAGCUAUCGCGACGGUGGAAAAAGUGGACCUUUGGGCCGGCUGAAUGUGAGAAAUUGGGGAUGGGCUCGAGGAUGUGUGAAGACGAAUGCGCCGAAGAUAAGAGCCAGCUGAAGAGGAAAGCGACCAUUGAUCCUUGAACUCUGUUACCCCAGCGAGACAGGCGACGGGGAGUCUCCGCAUGCGCGCGGUGCGUGAUAAAAUCGAGUGCGUGGUUUCGAAUGAUUUUAUCAGCGAGAACAUUGCCGGUGUGAUUCCUCGUUGAUCCCGGAGAACUCACUAUUAAAGAUCUUGCAAGAUCACGAGCUCGGGAGAGCAUCCGGAAAGCAUCGGGAAACCGCGAUAAAUUUUGCGUAUCCUGAUUGUUGGCGCGCCAAAGGAUUUCGGCUCAUCGCCGACCGAGAAUGGCCGAGUAAUCCUUUCGGGAAAAUUAACUGGACACGAACAGCCAAGACGGAGGAUCCAUGAUCCUGUUACAUUCGGCCGUCCUGAGAACUGGUUGAAGGAAGUGCUGCGGGUGAGCCGGGUGGGUUAACGGCGAUGGCAUGAGGACAUUAGUAAGGGCGUGCUGCGGGUCCAGCGAGGAGGAGGAUGAGGAUGGUGGUGGGCAUGAUGGUCCUGGGUCAGCUACUGACGAGGAUCCUGUUCGCGGCCCACGCGGGAGAUCACCUCGCGACAGCUCGCAAGAUUCUCAGAAACGUGCCACUGAUAGAUGGGCACAACGACCUACCCUGGAACAUACGAAAGUUUCUGAAGAACCAGCUGAGGGAGUUCAGAUUUGAUGACCUAAGGGACACUCAUCCCUGGUCACAAAGCGCCUGGAGCCAUACAGAUCUCAGGAGAUUGAAGGAGGGAAUGGUUGCAGCGCAGUUUUGGUCCGCGUAUGUGCCCUGCUCGUCGCAGCAUCUCGACUCGGUGCAGCUAGCCCUGGAGCAAAUUGACCUUAUUCGCCGAUUGGUCAACAAGCAUCCGGAAAAUAUGGUCCUCGUUACCACAGCGGAAGGUAUCGAGAGAGCGCACAAGGAGGGUAGAUUAGCGAGCCUGAUAGGGGUCGAGGGGGGCCACGCCGUCGGGGAGAGUCUGGCAGUCCUGAGGAUGCUGUACGAGCUGGGCGCCAGGUAUCUCACCCUCACGCACACGUGCAACACGCCUUGGGCAGACUGCAGCACGGCGGAUGAACCCGGUCAAGUGCCUCAAAUCGGUGGUCUCUCGAAUUUCGGCAAGAGUGUCGUGCUCGAAAUGAAUCGACUUGGGAUGAUGGUGGAUCUCUCUCACGUCUCGGUGCCCACGAUGCUGACCGCCAUGAAAACGUCGAGGGCGCCAGUGAUUUUCAGUCACAGCAGCGCUCACGCUCUUUGCAAUUCCUCGCGAAAUGUGCCUGACCACGCGUUGCGAUUUUUGGCGCAGACCGGUGGUAUAGUUAUGGUAUCGUUCUAUCCCCAUUUUAUCAGCUGUGACGAAAAAUCAACGCUCGAGGAUGUAGCAGAGCACAUCAAUCACGUGCGGACGAUCGCCGGGGUGGAUCAUGUCGGCAUCGGAGCUGGAUAUGACGGGAUCAAUUUAUGAUGACCGUCAAGGUGUGCAGCGCGCAGAACGUUUCUCGACCGCAUGUAUUUGAAAGCAGAGUUAAAAUACGGAAGGAACGGCAUACAAGAAAAAUGUUUAGUCAAUGUGGUCUCAUAAAUAUCUCUCGAGGUCCAUCAUUUCCCAACGUCGGCGGAAAAACUACCGGUACCAGUGCAUUUUUAAAGAACUCCAUAAAUAAAAUCGUUCUCGUGAGAUACCCGAUAGUAUUCAACCGUUUGUUACCGACCGGCCGGCAUUAUUCUCUUCCAUUAUUCCCGCCUUUGUUACGCUUUUCACGCAGUUUGUUCAGCGCAGAAACGACUCACGGGCUUCUUCUUUGCCGCGAUAACUCGAGGUGAAGGGUAGACGGAGUUUGCUAAGUGGACGUGAGAAUCGAGUAAACACGCGGGCGAGCAUCGAGCAACCCCUUUUGUUAGAAAUGCCGACCUCUUUGUGGCACGCGCACGUUGCUGAAAUCGCAGCCUCUGCCAUUAAGCUGCACGAAAAAAUUGACAAAGCAUGAAGUAGUCGGAGUGACGAGCCGAAGAAAGAAAACGAGGAAGCGCUGAAGAAAGAAACGAAUGAUGAGAAACCGCAAGUAAAUUGAGGACAGUAGAACACGACUAAAAAGUUGUUGAGUUUCCCCGGAUUCCGCAUAAAAAUGUACCUAGUUGCAUCUGCUAUAUAUGGUGGAGGAUUGAAAAAUAGUGUGGAUGCAUCGAGGCGUGAUUUGCAGACCAAACGAUAAAGAAGAAAAA